AUGCAGUUCGAAAUGAGAAUGUGAUAGUAAUCAAUCAACUAUGUCAAAAUGAUUGAUUACGGACGGAUAUUUAAAAUUCUGUUUGAUUGGGGCGUAUUUUUUUUUUUUUUUUUGAAAUAUGUUAAUCCUAAUAAUAUAAUUCAAUAAUAGUAAUGAGGCUAAGAACGCUUAACACAAGACUUUAUCAAUCUCAAUUAUCAUAAAAAAAAGUUGAUUAUCAGGUAGUAGCAGCAGUGACACUUUAAAUAAUAAGAAAAGAAAAAUUUUGAUUAAAAUUUUAAUGAGAUAAAACAGUCAUUCUAAAUGAAUUUUUCAAUUAAAGACACAAAGCUCAGAUGUACAAAGCUCAGAUGUACAAAGCUCAUUCUAACAAUAAGCUAAAUAUAGUAGAAACAUUGUUAGAAGAAAAUUCACACUAUAAGUGUGAUGACAAAUUAAAAUCGAGUAAGGCAUAUGAUAUCGAAGAAAUUACCAAAAUAUUUCAAGCAACUCAAAAUUCGGAUUUUGUAUCGGGAGAACAUGAAGCUCGAGGAACGACAAAGCCCCUCGUCGAUACGGUUCUCCUGAUAUACAGCUUUUUCGAAAAAUGGUGGAUGGGACAAGGAUAG